AUGACUUCAGAGCAACAUCCGACGGCUGUCUCUGGCGGGUGCCUUUGCGGUUCUAAUGGCGGGUCACUUAUCGCAUGGCUGCACAAGGUGCCCGUAUCAAGCGUCGUUUUCAUCUCUCAGUCAACGCUGUCGCGAUACCAUGCUACACCAGACGCUGCGCGUGGCUUCUGUACUAAGUGCGGUAGCUGGCUCUUUUGGCGUAGUGAGCAGUCGAACUCGAUGAGCAUGUCGGUUGGAACUUUUGACCAAGAGGAUCUCAAGCAGUGGGGCCUGAAAUUGGCGUACUCAGAGGUGCACCUGUGGUCCGAGGAUGCUAUCGAGGGUAUAUCAGAUCAUUUACCCGGGGAGAAGUGGAAGUACCAUGACAAAGGAGAGGGUGCCGAGAAAGUUGGAUAG